CUCGGCGCUAGUCGGGCGCUGCCGCGCCAGCAGUCCUGUGGUGGCGACAACGAUGGACUGGAAGCCAGUGAGCCGUGAGGAAGGAGGAGAAGCAGGGGCUGCCUCGGGAGCUGCGGCCGCCGCUCCGUUCAGGAAAUCGGCACAGCAGAUGAGUAAUGAAAGAGGCUUUGAAAAUGUAGAACUGGGAGUCAUAGGAAAAAAGAAGAAAGUCCCAAGGAGAGUCAUCCACUUUGUUAGUGGUGAAACAAUGGAAGAAUACAGCACAGAUGAAGAUGAAGUGGAUGGCCUGGAGAAAAAAGAUGUUUUGCCUACUGUUGAUCCGACAAAACUUACCUAGGGCCCCUACUUAUGGUUUUCCAUGCUUCGUGCUGCCACAUCAACCCUCUCAGUGUGUGACUUUCUCGGAGAGAAGACUGCAUCUGUUUUGGGCAUCAGCACCCCAAAAUACCAGUAUGCCAUUGAUGAGUAUUACCGGAUGAAGAAGGAGGAAGAAGAAGAAGAAGAAGAGAACAGGAUGUCUGAAGAAGCAGAAAGACAAUACCAGCAAAAUAAGCUGCAGGCUGAUUCCAUUGUUCAGUCAGAUCAACCAGAAUCACUUGUAUCCAGUUCAUUUGUGAAUCUCAAUUUUGAAAUGGAGGGAGAUUGUGAAGUAAUUAUGGAGAGCAAACAAAAUCCAGUCUCUGUCCCUCCGUAGAAUGAAAUGACCAUCAAACUUCUAAGGUAGUUUUUAUACCAGGAACUUUCACACUCUCUAUUCAAUGGGACUUAAUAGUUAUUUAUAUUUUAAAUUAUUAAGUUAUCUGGAAAGGGAAGAAUGUUUCUUUAUUCUUAGGCUCUAUCUAGAAAAAGCCAGAUCUGAAAUUUGGAUAUUUGUACUAUGCUUUUACUAUGUCAGAUUAGUGCUUUGGUUUUAAAAUGAUCUUUUAAAAAAAGUUAAGGACAUUCUAGAACCCUAACCACCAAUUAAGAAGAGUUAACUUAUCAAGCUUGUCUGUUAUUUCUGUAAGAAAAAAAAAAAGGUAAAUUACUGAACAAGGCUAACUGGAGUUGAUAUUCGUAGUCUCAGAUUAAAAUGAGGAUUUUUCCCCUAGAUCUUCUCAUGUUAUGUCCUACAUUUAUAUAUCUAACCAUUCAUUUCAUACUAAGGACGGUUCACUGAAUGUGUAAUAAAAGGAGCAAGAUGAAAGCA